AUGUCCCACUCCCCGUGGCACCGCCUCAACGCCACGCUCACGCUCGCCGUCGCCAUUUUCGCCGUCCUCGUCGCGUGCGCGUCCGUCACCGAUGUCUUUCACGCCUGCGCGCCGACGUCUUCGAUGCCGUUCAUGUCCCGAAGCCCGAUCGUUCGAGUCGUCGACUACGAACGCUUCGCGCGCGUCGCCGACAGCCGAGACGAGGCAGUGGUGAGGCUGGAAGUAGACUACGAUCUGUCGUCGUGCGCGAGCUGGAACACGAAGAUGGUGUUCGCGCACGUGACGGUGUCGUGGGAGACGGAGACGCGCGGCGUCAACGAGGCGACGAUUUGGGACGACGCGGUAAAGUUUGAUAGAUGGGAAAGCGCGGAGAGUAAGGCGAAGAAAUUGAGGAAACAGGGCGUGAUACGGGCGAAGUAUAAGCUACGGAGCGUGGACGAGCGGUUGUCCGGACGAGGGAUGGAGGUGAAAUUACGGUGGGCGGUGACGCCGCGCGCGGGACGGAUUUGGCGAGGCGAAACGUCGACGUCGAAUGCGACGUUUCCGGUCGAAUAUUUGAAUGUAGGUGGAGACGGACAACGCGCGAGGGCGGCGCCGCGGACGCCGGGGAUGCCUUGA